AUGAGGGCUCUUGAGAUGGUGAUCACGCGGAUGGCACGGACGCUACCGAAUGUUCUAGUCGACAGCGAAAGAAAUCCGAGAUGGUUUCACACUGAUCCGUCAGGGGGAAAUCUAACCGGAGUGGAUCCGGUGAUGCCCAAUUUUUACGCUUUUGGCGUGCUCGAAGAUGGUGAGGUGGAGCGCCGGUUUUCAUUCAAUGGAAUCGCGCUCAAGGAAACGGCUGCAGUCUUCACGCUCAACGGGACCAAAGGAGCUGUGCUCCGCCAAAUGACUGACGGACAUCAUUUGAUUCAGCUGAUAUACGACGCUGACCUGUCAUUGCAAGAUUGCGAAUACAUCACAGAUACAGAGACGGCCAUGGCCUUCCAAGAGAAAUUAACUAACGAAUAUCGGCAAUUAUCAUCCAUUUGUCACAACACUACCAUUCGCAUUAUCGAGAAACGGUCAGACCUGCCGGAAGAUCUUGCACGAUCAGCUGUUUACCGCCGAAUGAAAGCGGAAUGCCGCCAGCUUCACUCACGUAUGCGCAAGGCUGCCCGUCAAUCUGAGGAUCAGUCAUCUGUCAGGAGAAGGCGUGAAGCAGUUGAUCUCUACAUAGUUCCCCACACGAAAUGGUGCGGUAAAGGUAAUCUGGCCGAUGGACCAUCUAACCUGGGCGGCUAUGCAGCAGCGGACAGGUGCUGUCGCCAGCACGACAUGCAGCAGCGGACAGGUGCUGUCGCCAGCACACAUGCAGUGUCCCCAACACAUCACGGCCUGGUCCGAGAAAUUCGGUCUGUAGAACAGCCGACCUUAUGCAGCUAUGCAUUGCACUUGCGACGACAGAUUCCGUUCCUGUUUAAAGCAAGCUAACACGGCUGCCUCCAACUUGGUGGGCAAACUGUUCUUCAACAUCAUUCAAAUCAAGUGUUUUGUGCUCAAACCAGAGAAAGUUUGCAAGAAAAGCUCGUGGUGGGGGAAAUGUACACAGAAUGAAUGGAGAAAAAGGGCUCACCUCCGCGAUCCUAUUCCGUAUUGAAAUAAGCUAUUGCUCUUGUAAUGCUUCUUAAAAAAUACGAUUAGGGUUGUCGAGAAG